GUUCCUGGUGCUUGGAUCAAAGCUGCCCUUUGGAGCAGUUUCCCUGAAGCUUCUUGAGAAUAAAAGAGCUGUCCCAGGCACUACCAUGCUGCAGCUGUGUGUGCUGCCGGUCACCCUGACCAGUGUGGAACAGCAUGGCAUACUGCUUCACUCCAGGAUCUUCCUGUGGACACUGUCCAUGUUGCAGGUGGCUUAUUCCCCACCGGAGCUCCCAUCUGCAGGGGUUGGAACAUCACCCUGUGGUUUCCCUGCGUUUGGGCAAGCAGGAGGUGAGAUGGACUGCGCUGUGAGAGGGACAGAGCUGGAUGGGAAUGGCUGCUGGUGCUGGCAGCAGGCAGGGCUGCAUGCUAGGGUUUGAGGCCUGCUGGGAACUGACCUCGGGAGGGAACAAAAGAGCCGGGGCGGAGCGUGGCCAAGCUGCAGCUGGAAGCAUGGCUGCCCCGUGCAGGGACUGCGCCCCCGAGGACCGGAUCUCCCAGGACCAGAUCCACCACGAGGUGCAGGAUUACUAUGGCAGAGAGCUGCAGAAGUCAGAGGACCUGAAAACCAACGCCUGCAUCACACCGACCAGGCCCGUUCCCAAGGCGGUGAGAGAUGCUCUGCAGCGUGUCCAUGAGGAGGUGGUGGCCAGGUACUAUGGCUGUGGCCUGGUCAUCCCGGAGUGCCUGGCAUCCUGCCGGGUCCUGGACCUGGGCAGCGGCAGUGGCAGGGACUGCUACAUGCUGAGCCAGCUGGUGGGGGAGCAGGGCCAUGUCACCGGCAUCGACAUGACUGAGGCACAGGUCGAGGUGGCAAAAAAGCACAUUGCCUAUCACAUGGAGAAGUUCGGCUACCAAAAGCCAAACGUGGAAUUCCUCCAGGGCUACAUGGAGAACCUCGGUGAUGCUGGGCUGACUGAUGAGAGCUAUGAUAUUGUCAUCUCCAACUGUGUGAUCAACCUCGCCCCUGACAAGAGGGCUGUGCUUCGGGAGGCCUACCGUGUGCUGAAGCCUGGAGGAGAGAUGUACUUCAGCGAUGUCUAUGCCAACCAGCACCUGAGUGAAGCCAUGAGGAAGCACAGGGUGCUGUGGGGAGAGUGCCUGGCAGGAGCCCUGUUCUGGAGAGACUUGUACAGCAUUGCCAAGGAGGUGGGUUUCAGCCCUCCGUGCCUGGUCAACGCCAGCCCCAUCACUGUCAGCAACAAGGAGCUAGAGAGAAUCAUUGGUGACUGCUGCUUCGUCUCAGCCACGUACCGGCUCUUCAAGGUGCCAGGGAGCAGCUGGGCCGGGCCAGGCCAGGUCAUCUACAAUGGUGGGAUUGUAGGGCAUGAGCGAGAGCUGGUGUUUGAUGCCAACUUCACCUUCAAGGAAGGAGAAGUGGUGGACGUGGAUGCUGAAAUGGCUGUGAUAUUGCAGAGCUCCAGGUUUGCAGACAAAUUCCUGAUCCAGCGUGGUGGGACUGAUGUUGCUGCACCACAAGGCUGCUGUCCUGGGAAGAUGAAGGAGAAGAUCUGUGACCCCUUCCUGUUGCUGCAGCAGCGGGCAGCCCCAGCUCCUGCCUGUGGUGCUGCCAGGACCUGCGGGCCACAGGGCUGCUGAUCGGACAGCGAUGUCUCCACAGCGUUGGGAGCGGGGGGGCUGUGGCUUCACCGGAGAGAAAAUACAAAGAAAUAGUUGAGCAGUG